AUGGCAGAUCCGGCGACUCUUACACUUCAGAGACAACUCAAAGUAAUAAACGAAAAUCCGUCGCAAUAUUUCUCCGUAGGUCUGGUCAACGAGGAAGACAUCUUCGUAUGGGAAGUGACUAUCUUUGGCCUCAGAGGCACCCCAUACGAGGGCGGGCUGUUUAGGGCGCACCUUACGUUCCCCAAAGACUUUCCCAUAAGUCCGCCUAAAAUGCGAUUUUUGAGCGAUAUAUGGCAUCCAAACAGUCUUCUACCCCAAUGGGGACGUGUGUAUCUCAAUACUGAAUCCCACCGGAAGAGGUGGAUGAGACCGGCUAUGGACAGGCAUCUGAGGGAUGGCUACCCGUACAUACAGUGGGAUAAGUUUGGUCGACGAAGACAUCUAUUUGUGAGAAUCAUAAAUGGUCCGAAAGACACCCCUUACGAAAACGGUGUAUUCAAAGCUCAUCUUAAGUUCCCUAACGAAUACCCCUUCAGAGCGCCCACAAUGCAAUUCAUAAGCGAUAUUUGGCACCCAAACAUCACUCCCGAUGGACGGGUAUGUUUUGGAUUUUACUUGGAUUGGUACACUGGAGUACGCGGCUAUAAUUUGGUGUUAUCAGUGAUAUCGUUGCUGUCGGAGCCCUACCACGACCCGUGGGCUAAUAUGCUUAAGGAGCUUGAGAUGAAUCCGAUGGACACAUUCAAUGUGUGUUUGGUCAACGAGAAAGACAUGCAUUUAUGGCAAGUUGUCAUAUAUGGCCCCAAAGACAGCCCUUACGAAAACGGUGUAUUCAAAGCGCACCUCACGUUCCCCAAAGAAUAUCCGCUGAGUCCGCCCACAAUGUGCUUCAUAAGCCAUAUGUGGCACCCAAAUAUCUCUCCCGAUGGACGGGUAUGUGUGUCUAUAUUGGAUCAAAUUGGUUAUGGAGAGGGAUAUUAUGGUUGGACACCCGUUCUUACUGUCCCUACAGUUAUAUUAUCGGUCAUAUCGCUGCUGUCCGACCCCGACCCCUACCCCUAUGAAGUCGCCAAUUGGGAAGCCGGGAAGGAGUUUCUCAAAGACUUCGAGGCAUAUAAGCGGUCGAUAAGGAGACACCUUAUGUGA